AUGAGUGACGACAGUGAGAACGGUCAUUCAAGAGACGGAAUAGACAUACGUACACCGUCAGUUCAUAUAAGAAUCGAAGAUCUUGGCACAAGUUCUAAUCCUAUUGUUCUUGACGCUUCUCCAAUUGUAUCACGGCCUAGCAGUGAAGCGCCGAGAGGUAGAGGAAAUCCGUCUGUUCGAUCGUCUCGAAGAAAGUGUCCUCUUGGGGCAUACGUUGAGAUUAUUGACGAACCGAUAUCUCCACGAACGCAAACUACCGUAACCAAUAACCCGGCGGAUGUCGAGGUAGCCGUGGAACAUGGAAUGGAUACAACGGAAGAAUGUGGUCCUUUUCUUCAAGUUCCAGCUAGUUUUGAAAUACUAAUGAGAUGUUCAAUUUGCAUGGAAAUAUUCCAUAAUCCAGCCAACGUCAGCCCAUGCAAUCACAAAUUUUGCCAUUCUUGCCUUUUAUCAUGGAAAAGGACGAAUCAGACAGCUGUCUGCCCUCAGUGUCGUGGCCCCAUUCAUUCAAUGCAAAAAGAUGCGCAAUUCAACGAAGUUGUUCAGUCUUUUCUAUUAGCGAAUCCGUCUAAACGUCGAUCUCCAAGUGAGCUGGAAUCUCUCGACGCAAUGGAUACUGAAUGUACCGAGUUUCAAAAUGGAAAUCAACGAGGACGUCGACGAGGUUCUGUGCCACAAACGCGUAACAGAUCUUUAAGGGACAGAACAGUUCGCACCCCACUGUUAGUUCGUGUAAGCCAAAUCCGUGCUCAUCGACCGGUUCAAAGACAACGUGGCAAUCGAGGUAUCCUCGAAGAUUGGUUCAACAUAUGA